AACAGGGAAGCACUGAAGGUAGCGUUUUCUUUCAAAUUUUGCACGGCGGUCUAAAAUAACACCAUGGUCACAAAAAAUCGUUCUAGGUAACGCUAAACUCAGUGUUUAACAUCAUGCCAAGCCACUUAAAUUGGUCCAAAGUGGUCCCAUGUUUUGCCACCGCUUCGACAACCUUGCGUAAGUGAUGUCUCGACUAGUCAAGAAAUCUCGAUCUCUUUGUACGGAUCUACCACUGGACAACACUGAUAUUUGUAACAAGCUUAGUUUGCUCAGGCAGCUCCUGACAUCUUGUUUUGGUCCGACAGGUAGACUAAAACAAGUUCAUAACAACAUCGGAGGGCACGUUGUUACCACCUCAACCUCCUCGGUUCUCCUACCAGCCAUUUCCUCCUCACAGUCUUUUGUCAAUCUGAUAAAGACCUCGAUUCUCAACCACGUUUCUCGUUUCAGUGACUGUGGUUUGUUUGCUGCCAUUCUUUGUUUGGCUCUUAUUGAGCAAGCGAGGCAGUCUGGUCUUAGAGGAUGUGUGGCUAUCAAAUUGAACAAGCACUUGUUGGGUCUGUGCACCAGUUACCUACAACGAGAAGACUGUGGUUGCAAAGUGAAGCUCGACUUCUGCAGCAGCCAGAACCUGAUCACAUUAGCUCGCAGUAUUACCUCCAGCAAACCAGCGUGUGUGCUAACUGAGCAAGAGACACUUCACAUCAGCAAGUUGGCUGUGCAUGCUUUUUUGCUGACUGUUCCCUGUGACAACCCAGGUACUGUCACACUGGGCAAGACAGUGACUGUCUCUGUUGAAGGUCAUUCUGUGCUAAACUCUGCAGUAUUACCAGGUUUACUAGUGGACAUUCCUGAUGUCUUUUGCCUCAAUAAGGCAGAGAACCUGAAUUCAAAUUCACUGCGUAUGGUGUUGUUCAGUGCAUCCCUUGCUGGAGACCUUUCUGAACUUGGAGAUGGGACAAUUGAGGUGCACUCAGGUGUAGAUACAGACUCGCAAAUUCUGGAUCAACUCCUGGAGCUCGGCAAACAGGUGGUUAAAGAUGAGGUGAAGCUCUUUGUUUGCCAGAAGGUCAUCCACCCGGUCCUGCAGCAAUACCUGAGGAGUCAAGGUGUCAUUGUGAUAGAGAGACUGGGAAUCACUCUUAUGGAGCCACUUAUUCAGCUGACAGGUGCUCAGCCAGUGGCCACAUUACAUACCACACUCUCAGCCAAAGCCUACGGGAAGGUGGGGGAUCUCAGUAUAAGGCAGUUUGGAUCCAAGACAAUGCUGCAUUUACACCCCACUGGGGAGUCAGCCAUCUGCACUAUGGUCCUCUGCCAUAGGAACGAGACAAUGCUAAGUGAGCUGAAGGUGCUGUGCCAGAAGACAGAACAUGUGCUGAGGCUCACCCUAAGGGAACCAUCUGCCUUACUUGGAGGUGGGUGUACUGAGACCCACUUAGCUGCUUACAUCAGACACAAGAGCAAUAAUGAGGUAACACAAGCAGCAUCGGUACUAGGGUGCUCACAGGCCGAGUACCUUCUUGGUGUGGAGGGAUUCUGCCACUCUCUGGAGUCUGUAGCCACAGCACUGGACCACAACGGUGGGAAUUCUUUAAUUGAUCUGACUCAUGCUCACCACUGGACUCUCCCUGCAGAUACCAUAAAAGGACACAUGGAGGAUAGCCUGGGCUUCUGUGGCUGUGGACUGGUGGAAAGUAGCCCGAGUAAGAAGUGGACUUAUCUGAGCACUAAAUACGCAGAGUUCUCACCCGCAUCCCCGUCUAGAGACACUACUCUGCAGCCAUGUGUGCUGGACUCCUUCACGGCUAAACUCAAUGCAUUGCAAGUGGCUGUAGAAACUGCUAAUCUUGCACUAGAUGUGAGAUACAUAAUUCAAGACGUGAACUAG